CAAUGAAGAGACUUUUACAUACAUCUUUUUUGGCCAAAAUUAAAUAAAAAACAAGAAAGGUAGUAGUUUAGAUCCUAUGGUGAGCAUCUGGUUCAUCUAAUCCAAAGCACCAUGAGGUUCAAAAAAGAGCGCUUGUGGCGCCUUGGAGUGAUCGUUUGCACGGUUGAGAGGUGAGUGUUGUUGUGGAGGACAUUGUUUCUUUGCCUCCAUAUAUGGUAUACAAGGACAUGAGUGAGUAAUUUCCUUAGAACAGCCGGAGCUGCUACUGAUUGAGCUCUACACCAAGAAAGAAGCUAUGUCCAUGUGAAGAAAGCUGGCUGAUGCGGUGAUAGUCUAGCGAAAGCUUGUGCCCAGAUUUGCAGGGAAAACCUGCAGUUUAAAAACAAGUGCUCUCUGGUUUCGUCUGAGCAGUUGCAUAGACAGCAAGCUCGUGUAAUAUUCAUACCCCAAGAAGUAAGACGGGUUCGUGUAGGCAGUCUGUUUAAUGUGGCUAGCCACAUAGUAAAAGCCUGUUUAGGGACUGCACCUUUAUACCAUACAAUUGGGGCCCAAGAUUUUGCUGUUUCUCGGGGUCUGAUGGCUUCCCGUGUCUGAGAGGAAGAGUAGCCAUUGCAUAGAGUUCCGUACACCUUCCAGCAGUAGGAGUCACCCUCAUCUAAGAUCGUGGGAGGGGUGAUGGAUGUGAGAGCAAUGUGAAGCUGAAGAGCUGCCUCUGAUCUCGGAGAAGGGAGAGUCCAUGAGAUACCAUUUGAGGCAUCAGACACUUUGGCAUUCAGAGGUAUCCCUAGUUCCCUAGGUCCCGAGUCUCCAAGGAGGUGGAUGAGAGGACCAGUAGGUAGCUAUGGUCGAACCAGAAUCUGAGAGAGAGCCCGUUGCCAACGAUUCCGUGGAUGAACUGAGAAGCAAGUGGACAGAGGUUAAGCAAUGUUAUCCAAGUCCAAGAGUCGUUGCUGGUUUGUGUGACUGACCAUAAGCUUUUUUUGUUGGAGGUGAUGAUGAUUGUGCCAAGCUGCCCAAAGAGAGUCAGAAUUUGCAAAUAGGAGCCAGAUAAAUCGGAGACACAAACACUUUGUCCCAUACCCUAUAUUUCCUGAGUCCUAAGCCGCCUUCUGGCUUAGGUAGACAGACCUUAUUCCAAAUUUACCUUGGCGCCUUUGGCUAUCUCUAUUUGGCCAGACCAUAGGAACCGAGAGCAUAGGCUUACAAUCUUCUUAACACAUCCUUUAGGGAGCAUAAACGUCGAGCACCAGAAGUUAACAGUUCCUGAGAUCACCGUUGAUAUAAGAAGAAGCCUACCAGCAUAAGAGAGUGUUUUGACUGCCCACCCCCUGAAUUUUCAUAUUCAGAAAUCUUCAGCUUUCGAUGCAUAAGGAGUAAGCCAAGAUAUCUGAAUGGUAGUGAGCCAAUAGGGAAUCCAUAGCUUGCGUGGAAUAGCGAUGGGUGAUAUGAAAUGAGAGAGAAUAUCGCGCAGCCUUGAUGCAAGAAGCUUUGCAAUGACAGGGUUUAAGCAAGCAAUAGGCCUAAACUCUCAAGUUCUGCAAGCAGUAGGCGUCUUAGGGAUCAGAACGAGCGUGGUGGAGUUCCAUUGCUUGAGAAGUUGACCUGACGGGAAGGAUUCAGUCACUGCUUCACAAACCUCAGCUCCGAUUAUAUCCCAAUACCCCGUGAAAGAUUCAGCAGAAUAGCCGUCAGGGCCGCACUUAUUGUUUCUUGGGAGUGAGUAGAAAGCUUCUUUUAUUUCUUCUUUUGGAGAACCCUUUCUCAAGUCCAGUUGAUUGAGAUGUGGCGCAUCUGAAAGGAUGCAGAAGCUCGACAUCACUAUGCAUAAACAUCUGUGGUGACACCCCCCCUCCAAGGAGGUCUGAGAAAUAAUAAUCCACACAAAGGUUUUGGAUUCCUUAUUGUGUUUCCCUUUUGGUGUCAUGCUCCUCCAUUAGAAAGUGGAUAUGGUUUGCUGAUUUUCUCAAGGAUAUGAUCCCAUGAUAGAAAGACGUACUGCUGUCGCCCACUUGCGUGCUGUAGCUAGGAUCUGCCACUUUCUUUGGGCUUCGGCUUCUUCAGCAGCUACGCAUAGGCCAUGGGUUCAUGAGGAGCCUAGUUUGGCAAUCCUGAACGGUUGUGUGUGUGCGCCUCCUGAAUAACAUUCUUUAGAGCCUUGAGUUUGGAGGAAACUCUAAACAUAGCUGAGCCCAUUACAUUACAAGAAUACUAAUGAAAGGCAAUUUGAGCUUUCAGAUCACUAUUGCCAAGAAGAAAGUUAUAGAAUUUGAAAGGCUUCUUCAAUCUUGGAGAAUCAUGCUAUAUAAAAGAUAUGUAAUAUUAUAUGAAAAUUAUCUAUCUAUCUAUCUAUCUCUAUCGUACUAUAUAAAAGAGACACGUUAGAAAAUGGGUUUCUGAAAACAUGCCUAUACAUUUAAAACUCAACCACCACUGACAAACUACUAGUAGAACAUAAUAAAUUCACAUUUUAACGAAGAGAAAGUGUCUACGUGGUUAAAUGUGUAUCUCAACGGCAUUAUCUAUCGGAGUUCAACUGAUGACCAAAAGAAAACAAACCAAUAGACCGCAAAGUAAGAUAAGAUCCAGCAAAAAGGCUUUGUAUAAGUAUCUCUUCAGCAUCAAAGGCUUAUACCCGAAACAAAUGUGAGAGAGAGAGAGAUAGACAGAUGGAGAGGACUAAUCCGCACCUUCAAGUUUUCAUCAGUUUCCGUGGCAAAGACGUUCGCGGCAACAUCCUCAGCUCCUUGAAAGAAAAAUUGAAAGAUGAAGGCGUCAACGUGAAGACGGACGAGGAAAUGCCUAGAGGAAGAAAGAUCGAUGAGAAUCUACUAAAGCUGAUAAGAGACUCGAAAGUGGCGGUGGUGAUCUUCUCAGAGAACUAUCCAGAGUCAACUUGGUGCUUGGACGAGCUAGUGGAGAUCAAGAAGCAAAUGGAGCUAAAGAAGCUUGCUCCUCUUCCCAUCUUCUUCGAGGUUAAAGCCUCACACGUAGCACUUGAGGAACAUAAUCCUUUCAAAGACAUUCUACUGCGGUUGGAAGACGACGAACGAGAAAUUGCCAGAAACGGUUCUAGGGUGGGCUCCGGAAGGAUGCACUGUUGGUCUUGUUUCCUGAGCCGGCGCUUGUUAAAGGAUGCAGACAAGAGGUUUGUCAGGUGGCGGGAAGCUUUGAAAUCUAUAACGGGUUAUUCGGGCUUGAAGUAUAUAAAGGACAGCAACCAAGCCCUCUUUGUCAACCACAUCGUGGAGACUGUGAAGGAAAUGUUAGGCAAAGUACAAUCCUCAGAUGAUGUGCAUGACCGGAUCAGGGGACAACAUAUUGUGCCACAACAAAAAGUGUUCAUCAGUUUUGGGGGUCAUGGUGAUGACACCCGCCUUGGUUUCAUUUCUCAUUUCCAAGCUGGCUUGAAAAGAAGUGGAAUCAACUUUUACAUAAAUAUUGAAAACAUGACUAAAGGAUAUGACCCCGAAGAGCUUAUCAUGAAUGUCCGAGAGUCGAGGAUAGCGCUUGUGAUCUUCACUGAGAGCUACUUGAGCUCUGCAUGGUGCUUGGAGGAGCUAGUGGAGAUCAACAAAUGCACGAUGAGUCUUGUAGUCAUUCCAAUAUUCUACAAAGUGGAACCGAAAUAUGUAAGGGAUGGGAGGCAAGUGGAGAUCAACAACCAGCUAGUCUUGAAUUGGGGAGCUACGGACGCCAGGAUCAACAGAUGGAAGCAGGCUCUUAACUCAGUUGGAGAGAGGUUAGGUUUUGUGUAUGCAAACCCAAGCUCGGAGGCAGAAUUUGUUGAAUAUAUCAUCUGUGAAACUAAGCGGACGUUAGCCAAUACUUCAUCCAGCUAAAGAGAAUUUAUUUCCACCCGUUCUAGGAUCUUCAUGGUCCUCGUCUGCGUUUCCAGUUAUCUUUAUAUAGCAUGCGUGCAUCUGUGUUGAACUUAUUACAAUUAAUGUAUGUGUUGCGUAUCAUUUGUGCUUCUUUAGUUUCCAGACCGUCAUCCAAAUAAGAAGAAAUGAUUAUGAUUA